UUAUAAAAGUGAAAUAAAAUAAAAAAAGAAAAGAAAAACACCGAAAGUAAAAUAAUAUUUAUAUACUCCAAAUUAAAAUAUUCAGUGGUACAACUUUACUUGGAUAUUACUUUUUUAUAUGAUACGAUGAUAAAGCUCUAGACAACAUAACAGUUCGAUUUAAUCACAGUACAGGGAGUACAGUACAAUUGUUGUCUGCUGCAAAAAUAGAUUGUCAGUUUCAGUAAAAAAGAGUAUUUGAGUUGACGUAAAGUUUUCAAGUGAUAUAAUAAAAUAAGAGUGAUUUGGUUUCGAAGUAUAAAUAGUGCUAUUUAUAUUAUAUUUAAAUUAAUGAUAAUUAUAAUUUGAGUAUCGUUAUCAUUAAUAUUAAUAAAUGUGCUGAGCCGAUAAGUGUCAGUACGAUGAUUGUGUAUUGGUGAUAAACCGUUUUAAAUAUUAUAUUUAUUUAUUAUUUAUUAUUUUAUAUUUAGUUUCUGUGAUUAAGAUUGCUGACACCAGCACAAUGCUGUGGAUACUUAAAAAAAUUCAAUGCCGAUUGGAGCUUUUAAUCCUCGUAAUUUUCUUCUUGGCAGCUACGGCAAAAGCACAAUUGCGUACGCCGAGAAUAACAGAGCACCCAUCGGAUAUAAUUGUCGCGAAAAACGAACCAGUGACACUGAACUGCAAAGCCGAGGGGAAACCCGAGCCGACGAUAGAGUGGUACAAAGACGGGGAACCGGUACAAACAUCCCCGGGAGAUGCCAAAUCCCACCGCGUUUUGCUGCCCACGGGCUCGCUUUUCUUCCUGAGAGUGAUGCACGGGAAGAAGGAACAGGAUGGAGGAGUCUACUGGUGUGUAGCGAAGAACCAAGCCGGCAGCGUUAGCAGCAGGAACGCAACUCUCACCGUAGCAGUGUUACGAGAUGAGUUCCGGGCGCAACCUCAGAACACGAGGGUCGCCGCCGGAGAGACCGCACUGCUGGAGUGCGGGCCACCUCGGGGUCAUCCAGAGCCUACUCUCCAGUGGAAAAGAAAUGGGCAUGUCAUAGACUUGGAGUCUACCAAACGAAUUACUUUGGUUGACGGUGGCAACCUAAUGAUUUCCGAUGUUCGCCAAACCGACCAAGGAAAAUAUCAAUGUGUUGCUCAUAAUAUGGUCGGAGACAAAGAAUCUGCUGUUGCUACUCUAACUGUUCAUGUGAAACCAUUUUUCUUGGCCACGCCACAAAAUCAAACGGUUCUCGUAGAUCAAACAGCAGAGUUUGCAUGUCGCGUCGGCGGGGACCCGGCACCUGAGAUCCUGUGGCGAAGACACGACGGAAAAAUGCCGAUAGGACGCGGACACAUACUCGACGACAAGAGUCUCAGAAUUGAACGAGUUACACCCCAAGAUGCGGCGACUUACAUUUGUCAUGCUGAAAACGGUGUCGGUGUUAUUUCAGCCAGCGCAACAUUAACCGUCCAAUCACGACCGGUCUUCACAAACUUCCCGAAGGAUGAAACCGUGAGCGGAGGUUCGGACGUAUCAUUCGCCUGCUCAGCCCGCGGAGCACCGAAGCCCUCGAUUUUCUGGACCCGCGAGGGCUCCCAGGAGCUGAUGUUUCCCGGUAAUGUUUACCAAGGCCGGUACACAGUCAGCGAGGAUGGGAGUUUGCACAUCAAGCAAGCCGUUAAAAAAGACGAGGGACACUAUGUUUGCAGCGCAAUAAGCCAAGCUGGUGCUAGCACGGCCACUGUUUUUCUACAGGUAACACCUCUUGAAGAAGUCCCUCCACCAAUAAUAGAACUAGGACCAGCGAAUCAAACACUGCCUCUAAAAAGCACCGCUUACUUGCCUUGUCGAGCAGUAGGAACACCAACACCUCGAGUCCACUGGCACAAAGACGGCGAUUUAGUGCCCCUAGGAACCCGAAUAACAAUGUCUAGCAACGGAACUCUGAUAGUAAAUGAUCUAAUAAUGGCCGAUGGCGGACUAUACACCUGCAUCGCCUCCUCCGAGUCUGGCAACACAUCAUGGUCAGCCACCCUGACCAUAAGUUCUGGUACAACCCUCCACAAGACUCCAGACAUCUCAGCACUGCCGCAAAAUCCUAGCAAGCCCAGAAUCGUGAACAUCACCAGCACCUCCGUCACGCUCACGUGGAGUCCCGGCCAAGAAGGCAAAAGCAAGAUAAUCGGGUACAACAUCGAGUACUUCAGCAGCAACCUCAACACCGGGUGGGUCGUCGCAGCAACUGGAGUCACCGAUGACACCUACACCGUCACCGAACUUAAGCCCGACACCAAGUACGUGUUCCUCGUUCGCGCCGAAAACAGCCACGGUCUGUCCCUACCUGGACCACUCUCCGACGUAGCUCACACUACGAGUCAAAAUCAGUACUCCGUCCCUCAAAUCGAGCUGAUUCGCGCCCGCGACCGCCUUAACAGCGAGAUUCUUCACCUGAGAGAAGUUCAGCCCGUUAGCAGCACCAGCGUCAAAAUAAUGUGGGACAUCCUAGGCGCUGCGGACCUAGUUGAAGGUCUGUACAUCCGAUACCGCGAAAUCUCAAACAAACCCGAGUACCAGAUGGUCACCGUCUUAAACGCCGGAGCUACCAGCUACGUCCUGACCAAUCUAAAAAAAUACACUCUCUAUGAGUUCUUCUUGGUUCCUUUUUACAAAACAAUCGAAGGAAGACCCAGCAACGUCCAACUAGCGACCACUCUUGAAGACAUACCCUCAGGACCUCCAGAAAACGUUCACGUUGGAAUGAUAAACAUGACCUCCGCGUUCCUAAACUGGCAACCUCCAUUAAAAAGCGAGCAAAACGGUGAAUUGAUCGGCUAUAAGAUUCAAAUAAAGAGCAACAGCAGCAACAAAGUUUUGGGACAAAUGUCUAUCAACGCGACGACCACUUCAGUGACUAUCAACAGCUUAACGACUGGUGGAUUGUACACAGCCCGAGUUGCAGGAUUAACACGCGCAGGAAUCGGGCCAUAUUCAAAUCCAGCGAUUUUGAACAUGGACCCAGGACAACUAACGCAAUUACCACCGCGAACUGAUCCUAGUCACGGAGGAAUGUCAGUAGUUACUGAGACGUGGUUUUUGGUCCUGAUGAUCACGAUGGUCUUCACGGUAGUCGGAGGAUUGGCGGCGGUUCUCUAUGUUCGUCGAAGACAGGCCAUGAGCAAGCAACUAGGUCACCUCAGUGUGCCUGUAGGAACUGCCAAUGACAUUUGCCAGCUCAACAAAGAUACACUGUGGCUAGAACGCGGUUGGAGGCCGACCAACACUUUGCAGAGCAAUGAUAAAGAUUGCGAGACCAAGUUGCUGAACAAUCAGCAAAUGAUCGCUCCGGGAAUCGUCAGUAUGGCCGGUUCUGAGUAUGCAGAAGUUAAUCUUACGACUUUUUACAACACUAGGAAGCAAUUGCAAGCACCACCUGAACCUUACGCGACUACAACGCUCUGUGUUGGGAACCGUAGUCCGGAUUCGAUGGAGGGAAGUGGCCAGAAGUCGAACUCUAGUGACUCUUGCAUGAAGCCAGAUUACUCAAACUUGGACUCUAAUCAAGAACACAACCAAUCGACCUUGUCGCCUAGCAGUGACAAUGCCAGCAGCUCGUAUACUGAUGACAACGCUGGACGCUCGCAGCAAUAUCGUCUGAACCAAAACGACAAUACUCAGACGAGUCAGACGAGCAUGCCUAAUUGGUGCGACAUGCUACCCCCUCCUCCUGAGCAUCCACCGCCAUCUGGCGGAACUGGAACCAGUGGAACGUCUCUGUCUGCGAGAAUGCAACAACAGAUGGCGUUUAGUCCGCAUUUAGGGAAACGAAGUGUCGGAAAUGAUUUGGACGGAAUUAAUACUACUAAUUCUCAGAGCCCACCUACACCUCCGGUGAGAAUUGGCAAUAAUUUUUCGUCUUCUCCGACUCCGUGGAACAGUCAAGUGCCGCCUCAUGAUGGAACUACUAUCGGAAACUAUCAACAAGGAAGGUACACUACUUUACCGCCUCAGACUAACCCACCACCGGUCCCAUCUUUUCCGCAAGGAUUCACGCAUUACGAUUUUAAGAAUCAGGAAAAUGAGUAUGAAAGCGGGUCUGUGAUUUAUGGGCAUCAGAAUGGCCUCGGAGAAGAGUACAGGGGCACGGGGUACAGCAGGCCUAAUCUCCCGAACCAUCACCUAGACCUCAACCGAGGAGGAUCGCUCAAUGAUGAAGUUUACAGGAACCACAAGGAAGAUAUGUUUAGGAAUGAAAACCACUACCAGCACGAAAAUGAGGAGUGGGAUAGGAAAUCCUGCGAUUCUAACACUCAUUCGGAGCUCUGUUGCUCCUGCUCGGAGUCUAGUUGUCUAUAUGCUGAUACGAUGGAAUAUAAUAAUCAGUUUGGCGGGACUGGGGGCAAUGGAUGCGGUCAUAAUAAUAGGAACUCGGCGAGGAAUAGAAAUAAUAGAAGCCCGCGUAGGAGAAACAAUCGCGCUGUUUCUCCUACCUACAGCAGUGACAGCAACUACUCCUGCAUCCCUCAGAGACAAUGUGGACCUGUUAAUUCGCAGGAACGGCUCAGGCACAAUCGGAGUAAAGACAAAGUGCCGAGUUUUACGAGAGCCGGAGGGUACGCACAGCACAACUCAUCAGCUUCAAACACUAUGAGUAGCACAGGCAGUCAGAGGUACAACAAAUUGAACAGCAUCUUCAACCCCAAUGGAUUAACAGACACGUCAACACGGCUAAGCGAUCACCGAGACAGUUAAAUUUUCGAAUAAAAUAAAAUAAAAAAUA